ACAGUAAAAUAGCAAAACAAUAUGCAUGGUAACACAAAAGCGAAAUGUAAACUCAAUAUAUAAACUCUCUAUAAUUAAUGUGUCAAAUAUAAUCGCAAUAGCGCGAUAUUUCUUUUGUAUCUUUUAGGGACAAUCCUGCUCAACAGACUGUCGAAUUUAAUUAAACCUUAAAGAUCUAAAUAAUAAACGGUUUCAUAUAUUGUAUUAAUAUAUGGCUUCAAAAAACGAAACGCACAAAUAAGCCAAGCCUGAUGAAAUAUUAAUAAUAUUUGCCGUUAUUUUUUAAAUCCCUAAAUUACUACAUUCUAAUUGUAAUGUAUCUGACGAGCCUUAAUAAAUUAGAACCAGUACACUGGAGGGAAAAAAAGGACUUAAAUAAUAUGGCAAAUAUCUAAGUUUUAUUAUCCGAAAACAUAAAUACUUUAACAAUUCUAAAUCCACCUACUGUUUCAUAUAUGAUUCAAUAAAGCGAACUAAAAAACAAUAGAUCGAGUCCAAGAAAAAGCAACGUAACGCAGUGAAAUUGCUGUUUUUUUCUUCUAUCCAAAUGCGUAGGUGUACUUCCGCUCCUCGAUAUUCUACUACUACCUGUACUUUUUACUUGUAUAUAACACCCGGGGAUGAAUUUGUUUUCGAUAAACUGGGAAACGGUGACGCACCGGAUAGCGAUUGGACAUCUUGGUUUCAACUCCUCCCUUAUAAUAAAGAGUGUGUGUGUCUCCUGUUGUAAAACACAGCAACACCGGGCGUCUGCGUCAGGAGGGCACACUCCACUCGGCGCACAAUUACGCGGACUCCUAACUGGCACAGUGAUCAGAGACAACCAAAAGGCAUUUUUUGAAAUGGACUUUUAAGCAGGCCAUCCUGAUAAAUCCGAGGACUUGCUUCGUGCACUUCCACGCAGUUUACGUUACAACAGCUGUAAAUGUUAUGAUAUGAUUAUUACGCAUGUGCUCUGAGCACAGCUUUAAAUAGUUGCCUUAUAAAUAUACUUUUUUUUCUUUUUAAAUAGAUUUCUUUCUUCUCUAAAAUUGGCUCCCGUACAAACAGCCGCGUUGGAUCCCUCGGCUUACUGCGAGACUCCGGUGUACAACCCGGAUCUCUGCCCAAAUAUGAUAGCCGCCCAGGCAAAGUUGGUGUAUCACCUCAACAAAUACUACAACGAGAAAUGUCAGUCUCGAAAAGCAGCCAUCUCCAAGAGCAUCCGGGAGGUGUGCAAGGUGGUGUCGGAUGUCCUGAAGGAGGUCGAGGUGCAGGAGCCCCGCUUCAUCAGCUCCCUCAGCGAAAUGGAUAAUCGUUUCGAGGGACUGGAGGUCAUUUCACCCACAGAGUUCGAGGUUGUGCUCUAUCUGAAUCAGAUGGGAGUAUUCAACUUUGUGGAUGACGGCUCUCUCCCGGGCUGCGCCGUGCUCAAGCUCAGCGACGGCCGCAAGAGAAGCAUGUCUCUCUGGGUUGAAUUCAUCACAGCCUCCGGUUACCUCUCGGCGCGCAAGAUCCGGUCGAGAUUUCAGACACUGGUGGCGCAGGCAGUGGAUAAAUGCAGCUACAGAGAUGUUGUCAAAAUGGUCGCUGACACAAGUGAGGUGAGGUUGCGCAUUAGAGACAGAUAUGUGGUGCAAAUCACGCCGGCUUUCAAGUGCACUGGGAUCUGGCCACGAAGCGCUGCACACUGGCCUCUCCCUCACAUCCCCUGGCCGGGACCUAACCGAGUGGCAGAAGUCAAAGCAGAAGGUUUCAAUCUUUUAUCCAAAGAGUGCUACUCUCUGAACGGCAAGCAGAGCUCAGCAGAGAGCGACGCCUGGGUCUUGCAGUUCGCCGAGGCCGAGAACCGGCUCAUCAUGGGUGGAUGCAGGAAGAAAUGCUUGUCAGUCCUCAAAACGUUACGUGACCGUCACCUCGAACUGCCCGGACAACCCCUGAACAACUACAACAUGAAAACUUUGGUUUCCUACGAGUGUGAGAAGCAUCCCAGGGAGUCAGACUGGGACGAGAACAACCUCGGCGACCGCCUGAACGGGAUACUAUUGCAGCUUAUUUCAUGUUUGCAGUGCAGAAGGUGCCCGCAUUAUUUCCUGCCUAAUUUAGACCUGUUUCAAGGAAAACCUCACUCUUCUCUAGAGAAUGCAGCCAAACAGACUUGGCGACUGGCAAGAGAAAUACUGACCAACCCCAAAAGCUUGGAGAAACUCUGAGGUAAAAAUAUGUUAGUUCACCUCGUCUUAACACUUGUGAUAAAGAGGCCUAACGAGCUCAUAAACGGACAGAAACACAUUGCCAACCAAUUUGCAAAGUCUUGUGAAAUGUGACUGUCCUCUGUCGUUUAAUAUGUUUUGGCCUAGCCUGUUUUGAUGAUUUUUAUGACCGUUUAGUUUGCCAUUAUCCCCGUGCACCUUUUGGCGGUGUCAAUAUUUCAGAGCAAAUUUAAAUUAUUGGCUACCAUUAAUCCAGGAGGCCACCUCAACAGUGGUUCUUGUCUCUCCGUGCCACACGGUUACCUAAAUCAUAAAUUUCCUUAAAUGCUUUAAAAUAAAGCCCCGUGAGAAACUUUGG